AUGACAGGACUCUCCACCACCUUCCUCACAAAACUCCGAACCUACCCAUCCCUCCCCUCGCAAACAUGGUACUACAUAACCCUCGUCACCAUCAGCAUCUGUAACAAACCCGAACUCAUAGCCCCGGUUCUGUCACAUGCGUUUACACACAGCGCUAUCCCCGGUAGCACCGAUGCCGCGUAUGUCAAGGAGGAAAGAGCCUGGUUGGCUCGGAAUCCCGGAAAACUGGGAAUGAUCGAUGAAGAAGGGAGGGAAAGUGCCUUGAGGAUAUUAAGACGGUGUAGAGAGGGCCUAGUUAAGAGUGGAGCCAUCGGAGGGAUUCCCAAGGCAAUAAACGCCCUUUACCACCUCCGCAAAUGCCAUGAACCUCACCUCCUCGACCCCCUCCCAGAAUACUCUUCCUCUUCCCCUUCCUCUUCCCCUUCCUCAUCAUCAUCCUCUUCACCUUCGAUUUCUUCAUCUCUCCACCCCCUUUCGUCACCGUAUCCAACUUCUCGUCCGAAUUCCCUCCCGCCAAACACUCUAAACGCCCAUAAGGAUCCAUCUCCAACUCCAAUAUCAUCGUCCCCACCAUCCCCCACAACGUUCCCCACAAAUCCCACUUUGCCAUUCCUGGCUCGUGGUUCAGAUUUCUUUACCACUCUCUACGGUCCUACAAUUUCCAAAAAAGUGCUCGCAAACCUCCAAAAGUCGUCUCCAGAUCUACAAAUCCUUGCGACAUGGAUAUACGCUUUGAUACUCUCUGAGGGCACGGUAUUGACACCGAGAGAAACUAGUUUUGUUUUAAUAGCAGCAUUGAUCCCUCAGGACGUCAAUGCACAAUUAAAGCCUCACUUAGUCGGGGCGAUAAAUAAUGGCGCGGAUAGAGAAGAGGUGGAUGGGAUCAGAGGGUGUGUGAUGGAGAUCUGUAAGGAGCUGGGUGUGGCAUGGAAAGGUGAAGUUGCGAGACUAUAG